AUGACAGCGACAACAAUAAGGUAUGAACUUUUCACGAAAAAUACAGAUAGUACCCAUGUCGAAAAAUCCGGUCCGGAACCGACCGGUGCCGGUUUUUUCCGAACAUUUCAUGGAAGCAAGAUUCCAGAUCGGAUUCAACCGGUUGAAAUCCGCCCGGUUCCAGCACUACCCAAACGGAAAAGUAAGGAAUCCCAACAACAACUUCCGGAAAACUCCAACGAACCAUGA